AUGAAUGGCAWCACACCGCCGGACCAACCUCCCGGCGAGGUCAAUGAUUUAAAUCCGGAUGAUAAUACAGCAAAAAUCGAGCAAGCUUCGCCCAGGAAUACUGCCGCGCCUUCGAGCAAUGACAAUGUAGGUCACGAGCCCGCCGUCGAUCGCGACACUGCAGCCCAGGAAGCCGCUGGAGCGGCGAACUGCGGUGAUGACAAUGCAUCGGAGGCGGAGACUUUGAUUGAAUCACCCGUGAAAAAGAAACAAUUGCAGCAAGCGCAAGCGCGGCAGGAUGGAGAGGAAAUCAAAGUUGAGCGGGUGUCAAAACAGCUUCAUCGAAUCGGUGGCCUGCCCGUGCCCACUUCUGGAGACGACGAGGAUGACUCUGCUGCCGUCUCUCCUGCUCCAAGUACGCUGGUCAGUGUGGAGAAAGCGAUCCUGGACGAUGUACCCAGCCAAGACAAGGACCAAGAAAUGGCGGAUCGCGACCAGGCAGAAAGUGGAAACGAUUAUAGAAGUGGUUCGCUAAGCUCCGCAAGAUCCUCUUCCCCGGGCGAAUCAGUCAGCGACUCGGGCAACCGUGCUGUGUCCGAACAGGCCGAUGUCAGUCGUAACGGGAACCACUUUGCCAAUCCGCGAAAGAGGAAGCAUAGGGCAUCUUCCGUCAGUUUGCCCAACAAGCGCCCAAGUUUAAAUGCCGCCAAGACUAGGGUGAACGGGCUCAAUUCCGAGGACAUUACUAGGACUGGCCAAUCUCUCUCGCCGAAGCUGCGCAACCACAGGCGUGCUGCGUCGACCCAAUCAGCUUUCAUGGACGAUGCGCCGGGUGACCCUUUGAACAGAAAGCGUCGUGCUAAUACACAGCAACUUGGAAAAGAUUAUAAAAAUGCUCGGGCGGCCUGGGAGGAGUCAGAUGCUUCCUCCGAAGCUACAUCCCAUGGAAAAGGCGAUUUCAGACGGCCGCGAAGGGGUAUCGGCAGGUCCACGUCCACUCCGGGGAGACCACCCGGUCGCGAACAUAAACGGCAUGUCAACAAGUACGGCCUCACGAAGCUUGCUGAGGCAUGCGAAGAGGGUGAUAUCGAGCAGGUGAAAGCGUGGAUAGAGAAAGACCCGGRGCAGCUGGAGCUCGCGGACAAUGCUGGCAACACGCCUCUGCAAAUUGCCGCGCUGAACGGCAAUGUCGAAGUUGUGGACUACCUCAUCGAACAGGACUGCCAUGUCUUUUGCGCGAACGUGGAUAAGGAUACUCCCCUUAUUGAUGCAGCUGAGAAUGGUCAUUUGGACGUGGUACACAGCUUAUUGAAAGCCGGUGUCGAUCCUCUUCGGCAGAAUCAAAGAGGCCAGCAAGCAUUGGAUGUUGUAAUGGACGAGAUCGAGGACGCCACUGAGAUUCGGCAAGCUCUCCGCAAAGCGAUCGAGGACUGGAAUAGUAGCGGGGCGAAGGAAAAGCGCGAACAGGAGGAAGAACAGCGCCAUCGAGCUGGACCGUCGAAAGAGCUCCAUUUCAUGGCACGCUCGUACGAGAAUCUACUCAAGCUCGUCCAGAAUAACGAUCGCAAUGGGGUGAAAGAGUUUCUAGAUGCGAGAGUGCCUGUCGACAACGCAGUCAUCGCCCUGGCUGCCAAGACUGGAGAUAUCUACUUGGUGAAUAUGCUUUUAGCGGAAAUGGAUCACAAAAAGGCUGUGCAAAAGCCGGAACUGCCAAUGCUUAGUGUUCUGGGUACCUCGCACUUUGAGAUGGUUAAGUCCUUGACCGAGUUAGACAAUUUUAAUCCGCUAUAUCGCAAUCGCCUGGGCCAGAGCUGGCCGGAGCUUGCAGAAGCGCGCCACGGACCCAGUUGGAAAGAGGAGGUCGAUCUUUUACAGCGUCUCUACGACUCGCGCGCAGCUCUGAAGGAGCGUCGCAGCUCAAGCCCGGUUACUAGGAGAGAGGGUGGCACGCGACGUCCACAACCUACCACGGGGAAUGACAAUGACGACGACGAUGACGACGACGACGACGAGACUGAAGACGAUCAGGAAAAGGCAGCUCCACCUCGCAGUAACGGCGGUCGUCGGUUAAUGUCCAGAAAGGCCAUGCGCGCCAACGGCAAAGGAACCUCUGACGCUUCUUCGGAUGACGAGUCCAACACCGAAAUGGCAACUGUAGCAAACGCGAGCGGGGAGAGUUCGAUGAAACCACCAGACAGCCCCUUGAAUAAGCGCACUUCUCCGAGAUCCAGAACUAAGAGCGUUUCUGCACCAGCUUCGGACGCGUCACCUAGAACACGCAGACGUCUUUCGCUGGUGCGCCCUGUCGCCGAUCAGUCGCUGCCGACUCUAGAAGAGACAGCAGAGGAUAAGGAGGCAGUCUUGAAGCGUGAGGAAGUGGAGAGGCAGGCAGCAGAGGACGCGCAAAGGCUCGAGCAGGAGCGUCUUGAGCUCGAGAAGGCCGAAACCGAAGCGGCUGUGCAACGAGCUGCCGAAGAGAACGCUCGCAGGGAGGAAGAGGAGCGUCGGGUUGCAGAAGCAAAAUAUGCCGAAGAGGCGCGUAAAGUUGAGGAGGCUCGAAAAGCAGAAGAGGAUAGAAUCCGCACCGAAAACGAGAUCGCCAAAGCGCAGUACGUGCACCGAGAGGAGGUGCUGGCUUCCCUUCCCACGUGGAUCUCCGGAGCUCUCCGAGGAAGUCCAGCCAACAAGAACUACCUAACGUACUAUUUCAUGCCGUUGCAAGUUUUCAAGGAAGACUGGCCGACAAUGCUUCAGGAUGACAUUGACAGGCACUCCUGGGUGCUCAACGUCACAGCCGCGCCCCUUCUCGGUCCUCGUGGAGUAGAGCUAAUGCUCCAGCCGGGCAAGCCGGGUUACGAGGGAAGCCUUGCCAAUCUGUGGAUGACUAAAGAGCUUGCAGCGGACGAGUCUGAAAGUAUGACAGCAAGGCUUGCCAACAUGCAUUACCAGGACCCGAACGGCCCCAUUCCAAAGGACGAGGAGGGCAACUCGACAAUGUCGUUUGCCGAAGAGUUACAGCGAUCACAUGAUGCCUACAACGAGAGUCUGGCGACCAAGAAGCGACUACGCGAAGGUCCCGCUGUACUUCGGUAUGUGCGUCUUUGUGAUGUUGUCAAGCACCUCUGUCCGACCAUCGCAGGGGCCGAAGUUCCCGUCUCCUUCGGUUCUCUGCAGCCGCGCCCCUUGCAUCGCGGCAACGGCCUGAGAGUCAGCGCAAGCCAGUGGUUGUCAACGCGUGCAUAUGUCGAUGGGGAGUGCAUCAAUUCAGAAACAGCGUCAAAGCUGCAAAGCACGAUUUCUGUGAGGCCCGCCUUGUCCAAGUAG